AUGUCACCUGAUGGAUACCCAGAGGAGUUCUACUCUGAUGCAAGAAAGUUUGAUUCUGGUGGCAAGACAAAUCCAAUCCUGAUUCCAAUGCUAAGGGCUGCCAUGGAAGAAGUUGCUCUCAUAGACGUCAAUUGUGCUCAGCAACAGCUGAAAGUAUUGAUGGCUCCACUUCUGAAAUGGGCAAAGGAACACGAUUAUUCUGUUUCUCCAGGACCACAUGCAUCACACUUGAUCGGGAUACGUCCACCAAAUCGAUCGAAUACAGCAUUGAUUAAGAUGUGCGAAGAUUUGAAAGCAAAAGGCUUCUACGUGGCUGUGAGGUGUGGAGGGUUUCGAAUUUCACCAUAUCUAUCCACUACGCCACGAGAUAUUCAACGACUACUUGAAGCUCUGGAAGAGGUUACAAAUCGCUACUAA